CCUGAAAACGGGUGUGGAAAAAAAGAAAAGUCUUAAUAACGCCGUUUCUUGCCGGUCUCUGUCCUCCUGCUCUCCUCCUAUUGGAAGAGCAGUUCGUGUUUAAUGGGCAAGACUCUGAAAAGGGAGUUCUGACGGGUUGAGGAGGUGGACGGGACGCAAAACCUGAGGGGAAACUAAUCCGGAGAGAAAUGUGAAACAGGAAUUGGGUCCAAAAUCAUCUUGCAAAGCGUAAUACGAGUGUUCAAUCUCCUGGUCCCGAAUGAUGUGAAGAGCUCCUCAUGCAAAGUGGGAGUGAAGAAGGGGACGGAGCUGCUGGAGCCGCUUCAGCCUGGCCGAGGAUGCAGGGCCUGAGCUCCAGAGCGCACGCGUUCUCCGUGGAGGCUCUGGUGGGGAAGAGCUGCAAAAGGAUGAAAGUGGAAAACGUGAAAGAAGAGAAGCUUCAGACGAUCCCAAACCCUGACAGAGACUCGGACACAAACUCUGGAGGAGGAGAAGAUCCCGCGUGCGAAAAGGAGAGUCCGGUAAGGGUCACGGAGGAACAAGAUGAUGCCGAGCCGCAGGUUCGCGUGGAUCUGCAAGGUUCUGACCUGUGGAAGAGGUUUCAUGAAAUCGGCACCGAGAUGAUCAUCACCAAAGCGGGAAGGAGAAUGUUUCCCUCCAUCCGAGUGAAAGUUCGCAACCUGGACCCGAUCAAGCAGUAUUACAUCGCCAUGGACAUCAUGCCUGUGGAUUCAAAGAGAUACAGGUACGUGUACCACAGCUCCCAGUGGAUGGUCGCUGGAAACACGGACCACUCGUGCAUCACCCCGCGCCUCUACGUGCACCCGGAUUCGCCCUGUUCCGGUGAGACCUGGAUGCGGCAGGUGAUCAGCUUCGACCGGGUCAAGCUCACCAACAACGAGAUGGACGACAAAGGCCACAUAAUCCUGCAGUCAAUGCACAAGUACAAGCCGCGCGUGCACGUGAUCGUGCGCGAGCACGGGCCAGAGUCGACCCAGUUGACCUGUCUGCCCGCGCGCGGGGUGCACACCUUCUCCUUCUCCGAGACGCAGUUCACCACCGUGACAGCCUAUCAAAACCAGCAGAUAACAAAACUGAAGAUUGACCGAAACCCCUUUGCCAAAGGCUUCAGAGAUCCAGGACGUAACAGGGGGGUCCUGGAUGGGAUUCUAGAGUCCUACCCCUGGCGAAGUCCGUUCAGCCUCGAUUUGAAGCCAUUUACUUUGGAACUGCAAGGUGGGGUUUCCGGAUCUUCAGCAAGCUGUGGUGCCAUCUCCCCUCUCAAAAGUCUUUUACCCCUGUCGGGUUCUCCGUCCUCCCACCCCUUCACGCUCUCCAGCCCUGACAGCGCUCUCCACAACCUCCACAGCGUCCCAAUCUGCUACAAAGUGGCCCCGUCGACCCAUCCCUUCACCAGCAGAGCCUACUGCAGCCUCGGACCAGACAGACUCAGAGGUUACCCAGCGUUGCGACCUUUGACAGACUUCCCUCUGCUAUCUCCUCUCCAUGGAAAGAAAGCCGCCAGCUGUCGGGGCCAGUGCCUCCAGGGCCCGACUGCCAUCGGCCCCUGCCUGCUCUCCAUCCAAAGCCUUCAAUCCAGCCGCACCUCCGGAGCUCACCAGGCCCAACCGAGCAGCCUGGCGUCUUCUCUCGCACCACCUUACGGACUGUACGGCUACAGCUUACCCAUCAGCCCACACUUCUCCACCCUCGCCCACUCCACCAAACCAGCUGACAGCAUGACUCUGUCACCCUCUGAAAGCCUUGUUCCUCAGUCAGCCUGGAAUUCUACCAUUAACCACUGCGUCUGACCUCGUCUGAUGCUGGAAUGCAGGAACUGCACCCUAAACUGGGUAAAUUGGUCCAUUUUUUAAAUAUGUUGCUGCUGUUCCCUUUCUCACUUCCUUUGUCACUUCCUGUUUUGGGUCAGAGCAAAACAGGCAGGAUGAUGCUCUUUGGACUGGUGGAGUAUAAAAGCAUUAGAUGGAGUUUACACCUAAUGCUGGAAGAAAAAGAAAUGCAGAAUUUUAUAGAGCCAAAUUUCAGUGACCUGAAAUUGACAGAACGCAUUUUUAUACUAAAAUGAUACAACAACAAAAAAUGGACGGAACAGCAAAUUUUUCAACAAGUGUCAUUUUUAUUAUCUUCCUAUUCGCUGAACCAAUAUUUUAGAUUAUGGAAUAUGAUUAUUGAAUAUUUUUCUAGUUACCUGUUGUUAUAUCAAGUGGACUGGACAACUUUUCCAUUUUUGAAAAGUGUGUAUUAAAGUAUACUGUGUAUAUGUCAACUUAGUUUAACUCAUUUAAUUCAUCGUUAGUUUCCAUACACUUUCAGGCUGUGCAGGACAAUAUGGCCAACAUUUAUAUCAUGAUAUAUUUCUUAAUUUUGGUUGAUAUGAUAUAAAUAAGAUAUCAGUAUAAACAGUAUAAAAGCCAGUUUUUAGGUUGCCAGGUUUCAGAAGCUUGUAGUGUUCUGCCCUUUUUGCUCAGCUUUAAUGCAGUAAACUGACAGCAGUGACCUGUUAUAAACAUCAGAACAUCAGUCAGUGGCAGAUGGUGUAAAUUAGGGGUGGGAAAAAAUAUUGAUAUUGCGAUAUAUCAGUUGUGUAUUAUGAUCGUAUCAUGAAACAUCCCUGUGUAUAACUUUUAGAACCCUAGACCAACUUUUGUUAGUUUUAUGUAACUUUAUUUAUCUAAAAAUUAGAAAGAAUUUAUAGAAGACACUCAUACAUGCCAGAGGAUUUUUUAGGAGUUUCUAGGCUACUCAA